CUUAAAAAAGUGUUGGCAUCAGCAUACAGCUACAGCUGGGGUUGAACUUUGUCCUACCUCCAGAUAGAAAAACAACAUGCAGAGUAUAAAAGGGAGGAGUAGAGGAGGAAGAGACUUGUUUUUGUUCAAGGAGUUCCAACAACGCAGAGCCGAGCACAGAGAACAGAACUUUUUAAUCAAAAGAUUUGGAGCGGUGAGGAGGCGCCACAGGGAUGUGGGCGUGCCUUAGCCUGCUCCUCACUCUGUGCCUGCUCCAUGGGGGCGGUGCAGAGAGUGAUGGGGGUGGGCCUCGCUGUCAGCUGCCUCCAGCCUGGAAGAUAGGGGAGGUGGAGCCAAUGAAUGGGGCGAUGGGCCAGGUGACGGUGCUGGCUCUUUUCCAGGCCAGCUGAUUGUUCUGCUUGGUGCAGGCUUCCAGAAUGGAUGGCCUGCGCCAGAAGCUGGAGGGUCAGGGUCUGAAAGAUGUGGUCUACAUGGUCGUCAACCAGCAGGGGGAGCAAGCACGGCGCCUGCACAACAUGCUGGCACAGAGACUGUCAGAGAACAUCACGCUCUACAAACAGCCCGAGCAACAGCCUGAUGUCUGGCAGACACUGAGCGGACAGAAAGAUGACUUUCUCAUUUAUGACAGGUGUGGCCGCCUCACUCACAAAAUUUCUCUCCCAUAUUCCAUCAUUGGACUAGGCCAUAUUGAGGGUGCGAUCAAAGAUACCUACUGCAAACGCAUAUGUGGGGACUGCACUCAUGAGAGAACUGAGACACCAGAAGGGUGCAUGGAGAAAGCAGACACACUGCCUGACGCAGACGCUACCCCAGCUGCAAAGGAAGACACUGGGAAUGGUCACGGUCAUGGUCACAGGCAUGGUCACCACCACGGUCAUCACCAUGGCUUUAACCAUGGUGUUCAGCCCCGUGGCCAUGAUCACAACCAUGGUCAUCACCAUGGAAGCCAUGAUGGCCAGCAAAGUGUUGGGCAACAUAAUCUAGAUGUAGGCCAGGUGCAGAUGUCACAGGAGGCCCAUGAGGUCCCUUUGAAGCCCUGAGUGAAUGAAGUUAGGUGAAAGUCAAAGUACAGCUGACAGUUGAGAGCAGGCUCUGACAAUGCAGCCGCUCCUAAAGCCAGCUGAUGCUGACACUGACGCAGGCUGUUCGGCGAUGCAGGGAGUGAGCAACUGGUCGGUCUGUGACACUGUGACGAGGCGCUGCCCGCCUCCUGACAGUGACACGGACAGGGAGUCGAUGCAGCCAAUCGUGUUGCGGAGACCUGACAGUGACGCUCGCCUCCUGCUGCCUGACAGCAGCCUCAGCCGGCCCAAUGAGCCUGACCCCAAGGUGUGAGCUGAGGAUGAGAGCAGCUGUAAGCUGGAUCUCUGACAUCAGCCUCAUAUUAAUACCAGAAACAUCGGGGCCAAGUGCUCUUUUUACCAACAAGUAUUACCCUGGGAGAGGGCAGGGACAGUCCCUGACAGCAUGCAUAAUGAGACAGAUGAACAUGAGUCCCAGAUCACAUUGAUAAAGAUUAAAUAAACUUGAUAAACACAUCAAGCAAAACAUGCAUUGACAGCUUGUUAACUUGUCACAUUUGGCAACAGCAAUGCAAAUAAUUUGACUAAACCUUAAAGAUUAUAUGACUUGUUUCACCUAUCUCCGCUUAUCUGUCAGUGGCUUGCUCUCAUCCUUUCUCAGAAGUGUAGUUGUCAUGUUCACAAAUGACCUCCUCCAUUUUGCUCUCUCCAUCCUUUAUGAAACCAGGCGCAGAAACUACGCUCUAGUGGCGUCUGUAUGAAGUCAGGCAGGAGAGAGAGGAGAAGGUAGUUCAGGAACAUGAUGAAUAAACAUCUCAAAGUUCAGUAUCCAAGGAUAUUUGAAGGAACAGAAAAAAAUAAGAUAGAUUCUUUAAAUACUGCAACAAAUUAGGCAGGGAGUCAGAUAAUUACCUGAAAGCACUGGCCCGCUAAUGGGAAAAAUAAGUCAUAAAAACAUUUUAAAGCAAAUUGAGUUCAUCCCAAUGAUGUGUUUGGAGGUAGCGCAAGCUAUUGAUUAUUGUUCUUGAUUACAUGUAACAGCAGUAACUACCAUAAUUUUUUUUUUACUUAAGUCUGCAAGCUUAAACACAUGGCAGGAGUAUAUUUUACCACAUUUCAAAUGUUGAGUACGAGAUGCUCCUGUAUGUUUUCUUUGCAUUUUCUGGAUUUGCUUUGUUGCAAAUUACACACAUAUAUACAAGGCUUGCUUAAAACAAAUUCAUGACUCUAUUGUUUAGAAAAAGGCAGAGGGGAAAUGAAAGUGGAGCAAUGACUGAUGGUGGGAAUACACUCAGUACUUAAUGAAGGUUUCGGCGGAAAGAUAACAAUAACCUUGAAAAUCUGAUGCUUGUACAGAGAACUGUAUUAUGUUAAGGCUGUCAAACAUGGAAACUGAGAGUGGAAUAAA